AACAGCGGAGUAGGAAACUAGCAAUGGAGGAAGCGAAGGGAUUGGUGAGGCGCGUCCACCUUGUCAAGUUCAAAGACGGUACCCCACCUGCCCGAAUCGAGGAAAUCCUCAAGAAUUACGCCAAUCUCGUCAACCUCAUCGAACCCUUGAAAUCUUGGCACAUGGGAAAGAACGUGAGCAUCAUGAAUUUGGAUCAGGGCUUCACACACGUCUUUGAAGUAACGUUUGAGAGCGCUGAGGGAUUAGCAGAGUACGCGGAUCAUCCUAUUCACACCGAAUUCUCGAAACAAACCCGUCCCCAUCUGGAUAAAGUCAUCGUGAUCACCUACGAGCUGACCGUCUUCUGUACUUGA